AGGGAAAAGAUGAUAUUGGAAGUGUUAAUUCUGAGAAGUUUAAGAAAAUUAUGAAAGAAAUUGAAAGCUCUCAUAAUGAAGUUAAAAAGCCAAGAGAACAAGUUGCAGAUGCAGAGACAUUGUUAGAUCUUGCCAAAACUUUGGUGUCUUCUGUUAGGUCACAUUCUGCUGAUGGAAUUACACCGAAUAUGUUCAUCUCCUCGUUGCUCGGAGUCUUUGGGACGCGAAGUCCCAAAAAACUCUCUCAGAGUGCAACUACGUUACUUUGGAAGAAACUUGGGCGUUCUGUUUCGCCAAUUUUUAGCAAUGGCAUCAGAGGUUUUCACACCAUGAUUGGACCUAUGGAUCGUGAAGUUAAGCAACGUAAGUAUACACGUAAACCACGUUCAAAGUUGUACUUGCGCGCUCAACCAAAGGAGCUUGAUGUUAACGCGGAGGAGAUAACAGACACGGACAAGAACAUAUCAACCAUGUUUCAGAUCUUAAGGAAGAAGAAGAGAGUUAAGCUUGAGAAUAUCAUACUGAACAGAACAUCCUUCGCGCAAAGCAUAGAGAAUUUAUUCGCGUUAUCUUUUCUAGUGAAAGAUGGACGAGUUGUCAUAGACGUGGAUGAAAAUGGAGCUCACUUUCUCACUCCAAGGAAUGGUCCUGAUGCCAAUUUAGUUAAGUCUGGUGAAGUAAAAUACAGCCACUUUGUCUUCAGAUUGGAUUUUGCUGAUUGGGAGUUGAUGAAGAAAGCAGUAGCAGAAGGAGAAGAGUUGAUGCCAAACAGGGAAAUAAAGGUGAGUCCAGUCUUUACUGAAGCUAAUAAACCAGACAAGGACAUGUCGACGAAUCCAGUCUAUACUGAAGCUUAUAAACUAGCUCCAGUUGAUGGUUCUAGACUCAGAUUACGUAUCACUCGAGUCAAAAUAUUGUCAAGGAACCAUGGUGAGGUUUUACGCGAAGGUUCAGAUGUCGAUAACUCACCUGAAAUUGGCAAUGGGAGGAGCCUGAAGAGGAAGUUGCUAUGA